AAUAUUAAACCCACCUUCAAUUGUAAUUGUAGUUUAUUAAUUGAUAACGAGAUCUGUCCUUAAAUGCCUGUUUAUGAAUCCAUUGUUGGAUAUAUGUUCCUGUAUAUAACGCCAGGUUUUUUUAUCUUAUCUCUGAAAGGGAAGGUCAUACAGAUUGCUCCACACCUUUUUAACCACAUCAAUAAUCUGUAUUACACAAUCUGUAUUGAUCUUUACCAUAUAUCGUUGGUGGGAGAGAGAUAAUAACUAAUAAUCAUGGAUGUUGUGAAGUCUCAAAUCUCGGGUCAUACCCAAUUCCGAGAAACUGGGGUAAAUCAUCAUCAUGAUUAUAAUCUGUUAAUUGAUUUGCCAUUAGAAAUCAUCGAGAAUGUGAUAUAUUGGUUAACCAGGGGUAAUGUCAAUAUCUUUCAUCGAAGUGGAUUUGUUCAGAAAGAUCUUAUAUAUCCUGAAUUCAUCUAUAAAUUAAAUAGAGUUAGAUGUGUGGGUCAUUAUCUUGAAUUAAUUGCAUUAUCAUCAACUUGUAUAAGGCUAAGACAAUUAUUGGCUCCUUUCAUAUUCACUAACUUAAGCUUGAUAAGAUUAAACAAUAUCGACGUGAUACUAGGUAGUCAUUGGGGUCAAAGUGAGUUAUUCUCCGAUAAGAAGAAAUAUCAACGAGAAUUUAUGAAGGAGUUAUUAGGUAAUAAUUUUGAUACUUGUUUAGUAUCUGAUUUAGCUCGAACUAGUUUUAAACAGGGGGUUAUUGGUGAUGGCAAACAUCAAAGCAGAUAUCAAAGACAAUUUAGUAUGAAUAACUUUAUUACUUAUUUAGAAAGUGAUUCAACUAUUCUUAGUGGAUCUGAUUUACAAUUAUUUCCUAAUGUGACAUCAUUAAAGAUCUUUGAUUCAGGAUUCUUUAGUACGUCCAAGUUCUCGUUCUUAUCAAUCAAUAAAUUGACUAAUCUUUCGAUCAGAGGCGAUAUAUUAAGUAAUGUUGAACAUAUACCGUCAUCCAUAAAAAGACUUGAUGUGAUCUUAAUAUUUUUAUAUAAUGGAUGGGAAGAUACCAUGAAGAAACUCCAUACUAAAUUUGAAACUGAUUUUCCUAAUCUAAUUGAAUUCAACUUAUUUACUGAUACGAAAGAAGUAUUAAACUAUGAUGAAACGUUGAAUUUGUUAGAAAUCAUGGCUGAUAAUUGUGUCGAAUUGGAAAGUAUUAAUUUCCGUAAACUUCGAAGAAAUGUAUAUGUUGAUUCAUCUCGAAUACUUUCCAAUCUGAUUUAUAAUAGUUUAAACUUUUUCAAAAUCAUUAAAAAGUUUGAAAAGUUAAGAUUCAUUGGUACUGAUUUAAAGAUAUUAAAUGCCAUUAGUGAUGAUACAUUAUUUGUUGAUAAUUUAAAGACAUUAAAUAGUCCUGUGAUAUCAGGACCAAGUCGAUGUUUCACCAUAAUAGAUCAUUCAACCACAAUCCCAAUGUUAAAUACUAAUGCUAUUAAACUCUUAUCUGAUAUCAUAAGAUCCGGAGGGUUUAAUGAAUUACAUUUUCAAUUCAAUGAAUCUCAUAAUAAAAGUCGAGAUAAUGCGAUUAAUUUGAUUUUAAGUGUGGUAUCAUUUCAAACCCAAAUCUAUCAGAAACAAAUCGAACGAGUAUCAAUCAUGCCAUGUUGGUCAUUAACUGAUGGACAUCUCAAACGAACAUUUUAUCGUGAUUGUAUACUUAAGAAUAAUGAAAAUCCCAGUAAAGUAUGGCAACAAUCAUUAGCUUCUGCCUUAAUUGGGGAUAAGAUAUCAACCAAUUCAGGAAAGUAUAGAGAUAAAGAAAUAUUUGAUGUUAAAUAUAUGGAAUAUUCAUUCGAAGAAUUCUUUGGUUAUCCUCCAUCCCCUGUUAAUGAAUUCCCUACCAUCUUACAAGCUAAAUUACAACCCAAUGAUAUAAAUAAUGAAUCCCAUCAUAAUGAGUAUAGUACAAGUCGGGCAUUCUGGAGUGUCGAAAGUUCAUUAUCUGAAAUGGAACAUUACUCUACGAAAGCAGAUAAGGGUAUUACAAUCAGAAGUAGUAGUAAUAAUUAGAAGUUUUACAUAGUUAAUUAAUUAAUAGUCUUUUUUUGCAACCACACUACACGCCAAAUCAUCUACACGUGAUCGAGUGACUGUUUUCACGUUGAGCCUCACAUGCCUAAUUGGGAAGCUGUUUUAUAUACACUCUCAGACACUCUUUUUUUUUCAGUUUCCUUUUGCUCACAAAAAAAAUUUCAAUAUACAAAAAACAAUUUUGAAGAUAUC